AUGGAUAAUAAUGAGAUUAAGAUGGAGUAUAAUAAUGACUAUAAACUAAGAAGUAUAAAGAGAAUAUUUCUACGGAACUUAUACUUAGAACUGAAACCCGAACAAGAAAAAAAUGGUAAACAUAUAGAUGCUACGACAGUCUCACCAAGGAAAGAAGAACUGAUAGGAAGACGCAGGAGCUUACUUCAAUCAUUUACACAGUUCGAUGAACUUACAAGUCUUGAAUUGCUACAUAUAAAUACAUUGAAGCUAGUUGAUUCGUUUUUCACGUUGCAUAUUCCUUAUAUGAAUGAUGAAUUGUUAGUCUAUGUCAGUGAAGAUAUCGUAUCUAACAUGAAUCCUAACUUUAGACCAAUAUCGUUACCAACAUUACCUGAUUGCAAUUCACCAAAUGUCAUACUAAAGAUAUGGAGUAAAACUUCUGAAAGUAGUCAAUGGAAAUUGUUCUACAAAUAUGAUAUUGAUUUGAGGAAGUUAUGGUAUAUUGGGGAUACAUUGAUAGAUAAAGAAAAUUAUUUCCAUAGCAAUUCGGUAAUAUUUAAUUUAAAUGAUCGUUAUUAUACAAUGCCUGAUUCCUUAAUUGUUGAGCAAGAACAAAUGAUUAGCAAUACUUCUAGUACCGAUUCGAAGCAUAUUUUGCCAUCUUAUUCAUUUGAUUCAAUUCGAUCAUUAAACAGCAUAUCUAAAUCAUUGAAGGAACUAAUGAAAUCUAAGAAUAAAACUUCUAAACAAAUAAAUGAGUUGAUAAGUGAACCAAAGGAUUUAUUGGGAGGAUUAUCUAACUCAAAUGAUAUAAACAUCGAGCAAGAAAUAUUGUCAACAGAAAGCGCAAGGUUGGAUAAGUAUAUAGAAAGACAAGAAAGAAUUAACGACAAUAUAACAUCUGAAAUAAUGGCAAAGAAAAUUCACAUCAGUCAUUUGAAACAGGCUAUUAAUGAAACUUUACCGCCUAAGGUUGAAAUGGCCAAAAAUCAUAUAGAAAUUGCAGAAUCACAAAUUGCACCGAUUUGCGAAUCAUUAGACAAUCUGCUUUAUCCAUCUAUUGUUCAAAACUUGCAAGAGGCAACUCAAAUUUUGAAGGAGAUUUUGUUUAUUGAAAAUUUUGACAAUAGCAUUAAAUUUACAAUCAUGGGACUAGAGUUUCCCCUGAGCAUUAAAGAUUUACUAGAUAUAUGUUACUACAACAAACAUGAUUUGCAUAAUUAUAAUACUGGUGAAAUUAAGUUUGCAAAUGAAAUAGACUCCCAUCAAACGAAAGUCAAUCAAAUUAAUGCUGCAUUGAAUUAUAUCGUUCAGCUAAUUAAUAAUAUUGCGCUAAUUACCAAUAUUAACUUAAAAUACAAAAUGCAUUCCUAUGAAAGUCUUUGUUACAUAUUGGAUCCUAUAAGGAGCGAUUCUAAUCAAGAUAUUGUUAAGUAUCCACUAUAUUAUGAUCAAGCAGACACGUUGAAAUUACCCGUUGAUCGACAGGAUCGAUGUGACAGGAAAUUCGACUUACAAAACAAGAGCUUUGAAACAGGCCUCGACUUAUUAAACAGGAAUUUAUUAAGCCUUAUUAAAGAUGUGGCUGAUGAUUAUGAUAAAUACUACAAGACGAAUAAAAAUACACUGCUUUCGAAUAACAUACCUAUUGACUGUUUGGAUAAUUUCUUAUGGAAUCUACAAUAUCUAGUGCUAUUUAUCACGGCACCUACUAAUAUUAAAUCAGUGUAG